GCAAGUCUUCUGCUGGACACCAGGCACUCUGGACUCCACACAGCCGACACUGUCGCUCAUUAUAUCCGGAUUUUAUCCUGCUUUCAACUUUCUAACCAUGAGGAUAAACGUUUGGAUUUACCAAGCUGUGGCGUGUGUUGUGGCCACUAUAUUGGAUACAGGUUUUUGUAAAAGAACCCAUCAGUCGUUACAGAAGUAUGAGAAGGGUGAAGGUCACAUGCUGGUUUGCACAGACUGCCCUCAGCCCCCUUUGGUUAAAGUCAGUAAAUCGCUGGAAAACUGCGCCCAAAAGUGCAAGAAGGUCAAGAAAAACUUCAACUGCAGGGCUUUUAACUUUCAGCGGCACACCAGGAAAUGCCACUUGCUUCCUUUUGACCGCUUCACCGAUGGUGUGCAGAAGCAAGCCAACGUCAACUUUACUUUGUAUGAAAAAAAAGAUUAUAUAAGGGAGUGUAUCAUCGGCACCAAGGACAACUACAGAGGAAGAAGGUCUUGGACAAAGUCAAACAUCACUUGCCAAGCUUGGUCAGAUAAUAACAUCAAUGAACACACGUUUUCUCCUGAUAGGUACCCAACACAAGAUCUGAGGGAGAACUUUUGUCGAAAUCCCAACAAGGAUCCUGGUGGUCCGUGGUGCUACACUACAGAUCCCAACGUACGAGCCGAGGAGUGUGGCCUACCACAGUGUUCAGAAGAAGUCUGUAUGACGUGUAAUGGGGAAGAAUACCGGGGGAAAAUGGACCAUACAGUGAGUGGCAAGGAGUGCCAGAGAUGGGACUCAACAAGGCCUCACAAACACCACUUCCAACCCAAAAAGUAUCGGCAGUUAGGUUUAAAGGACAACUACUGCCGUAACCCCGAUAAUCGUCUUCGUCCCUGGUGCUACACGUUGGAUCCUAAAACUCCGUGGGAGUACUGUAACAUCUCUGUGUGUGAUUCUGACUCAAGUGAGGACACAGAUGUCAAUGUAACAACAUCCUGUGUCCAGGGAAAAGGCACAGAUUACCGAGGCACAAUGAAUGUCACUCCAGAGGGUGUGACAUGUCAACGCUGGGACUCCCAGUCACCCCAUAACCACUCCUUUCUUCCUCAGAACUUCAAAUGCAAUUUGUGUAUUUGUUUUAGAGACCUCACAGAGAACUACUGCCGUAACCCUGAUGGCGCCGAUCACCCAUGGUGCUUCACUACAGACCCGAAUCAGAGGAUAGCCAACUGCACCCACAUCCCCAGGUGUGAUGCUGAGGCCACACAAAAAAUAGAGUGUUAUGAAAGCGGAGAGAUGUACCGGGGCACUUUAUCCACAACCCGAUCAGGGAUUCCCUGUGCAGACUGGUCACAUCACAUAAACAGUGGGGAUUCUCACUCUACAGAAUCCCAUGUAGGGCUGGAGAGGAAUUACUGCCGGAACCCAGACCGGGACAAACAUGGCCCCUGGUGUUACACUAAUCCAAAUAACCGUUUGGCCUGGGACUACUGCAAACUGAAGCACUGUGAAUCAGCUACAGUGUCUCCUCAACCCAACACUACAACAGACACCGAGAUAUCAUGCUUUGUGCAUAUAACCACCAGGAUAGUUGGAGGACACCAAGUGUGGGGAACAGAUGGCAGCUGGGUUGUAAGCAUCCAAAGAGAGAAGGUUCAUUUGUGCGGGGGCUCGUUGAUCAGAGAGGAUUGGGUUUUGACUGAUCAACAGUGCUUCACAUCCUGUGUUCCAGAUCUCAAGGAUUACAGUGUGCAGGUUGGUCUGCGCCACCUCAAUGAAUCCUCGAACCACCCUGGACUACGCAUCUCUCGCCUGAUCUGUGGCCCGGAAGGAUCCAACCUGGUUAUGCUAAAACUAGAAGAUCCUGCCCCUGUGUCUGAAGGUGCCUCUACUAUUCAUCUUCCAGUAAAAGAUUGUCACAUCCCUGAAGGCACCAACUGCACCAUGUAUGGAUGGGGGGAAACUAAAAACACAGGAUACGAUGAGGCACUGAACACUCUGACCCUGCCCAUGGUCAACAAUGAAAUGUGCUCACAAAUCAAAGGCGACGCUGGAGAGAGCAGAAUAUGUGCCGGCGGCAAGAGAGGAGAAGGUGUAUGUGAUAAAGACAAUGGUGGUCCCUUGGUUUGCCAGGAACAUGAGCGUAAAGUGAUAAUUGGCGUGAGCAUCCAAAGGACAAAAUGUGCAUCAUCGCAGCCUGCGCUCUUUGUAAAUGUCGCUUUCUACUCUGGGUGGAUAUACAAAGUGUUCAAACUUUACCCCAAUUUGGAGAGGAACUGAUAGUGUGGUGUGAAAAUCAAAUACACGUAUACACAGCCUGCUUGUGCUCUUCGGAAUGGACCAUGAGGAAGAAGCAAGGAAAAGCCACUAAUGGAUAGUGGCCAUUUUGGGAUUUUGUGGACAGAAUUUUUCAUUGUAUGUGGAUGACCGCGAUAGAAGACUGGAUGAAGGAAAUUGAUUCUCAUCUGUUCUUCCAAUUUGCAAGAGAAGACAUCCUGGCCUUAAUAUCAUUUUUGAAAAAAACAACGUCUUGGGCACAUGCACGGUAUACUAAUUUGAUUUGACAUGUUUUGCCAUGCAAACAAAGACAAUGAGAAUGACACUUGUGACUCAGUAUUAUCUCCUGGAAUAUACUUGAACAUGGACAGAACCCAGUGACCUAGAGGUUUCCGCAUGUGGAACCCUCUGCCGAAUGGGACCUUUUUUUUUAAUGUGAUUAGCUGAACUGCAAAACAUAUUUUAUUACCUCCAACACAAAUGAUGUGGACGGAUAAUUGAUUCUCAUUGUCAACACAUAAACUUAUCUGGUUAUUCAUUUUACAGUAAAAAAGAUGUAACAUUUACUUUAAUUAAAUGUAGGAUGUCCACAUAACUGUAUUAGGUUAGUUGAAAGCAACAGUAUUAAGUUGGAUCUAUUAUUAUUUUUGUAUUUAAACUUAAUAUUAUUGCUUUGACCUAAUACAGUUAUGUGUAAUUUGUUGAUAUAAUACAUUUAUUUAAGUUAACAUUUACAUUUGUUUUUCAUUGUGGGAUACCUUACAAAUAGAACGAAAAAACUAAGACCUUUACUUUAAUUACAUGUAUUAUGUCAGCAGAUUUCACAUAACUGUAUUAGGUUAGGUGAAAGCAAUAAUAUUAAGUUUAAAUAAAAACUAUUAGGUUCAACUUAAUAUUAUCGCUUUGAACUUACAGUAUAUAUAUAUAUUUACCUAAUACAGUUGUGGGGAAUUUGUUGACAUAAUACAUUUAAUUAAAUUCAACAUUUCCGUUUUUCAGUGCAACAAAACAAGACAAAUAUACAUUAUUCAGCUAAUUAUACAUAUUUGUUUCAACAAAGAGCUAAAGUAAUGCCCAAAAGGAAGAAAAUAAAGGGUCACCUAUAAGGUAGACAUACACUAAAAGUCCAAAUCAAAAAUAGUGAUAAACCCAUUCCUCUGAGUCCAGCAAAUGUUAAAAAAUGGCUUUAGAUAUACCAGCAGUUCGGUCGUUGUAAUACACUACUGCUGCUUGAAGCUAACUGCAGCAGCCUUGGUAAAAAGCCGUGCUAAUUGUGUCCAGUAGCCGGACUACCUUUCCCCAGUUAGCUGUAACGUUUAGUUUCCCCUCGAGAGGGUCUGUGUCGGACUGAGCGAAUUUCUCCGAAAUCUUGUGCUAAUAUUUGUAGCGUGAGAAAGAGAAGAGCCAUGCCAAAUAAAACAUGGCUAUUGGGUCUCCAGUUUGGAGGUAACUUGGCCCCUGGUGGGCUGUUUGUGGUCAGUAGGAUAUUUUAUAGUUUUCUGUUUUGGUUUACUCCUUAUGUACAUAACUGCAGAUUUAUUGAGUAUGUUUCUGCUGUGCUGUGAGAUAUUAUAGGUCUUAUAGAUCUGGAAUAUUUUUGGUUCACUGAGUAAUGUCAGAUUGUCUUUUUCGUGAUUGUGUUUGAUAUUUAAAGAGACUGGUAGCUAGUUAGGUGUAUUUAUUUUUUUAAUUAGAGGAAAACAUCGUUUGAGAACAAACAGGAUUUUUGCGUGAUAUUAAGAUUUGCUGUUCCUAUGCCAUUAGGGAGUUAUGACCCCCAGAAUAACUUGGAUGCAUGUUUAUAUCCCAAAACAAAUAUGGAAGUACAUGCUCUGUUACAGUGUUCCUUUCAUUCACAAGUGCUAAAUGUAAAACAGGCUAAAUCAAUGUUGUGCUGCCCAGAGAUUAUCAUGUAUUUACUGUGCAUAUACACACACAUACGUACACAUGCACAAACAUGUAAAACUUGUCAUUUAAACAUAUCAUAAUGAUGUUCUAGAAGGUUGAAAGUAAGUAGCUAUUAGACAUAGGCAUUAAAUUAACAUUCAUGAACAUUUUAUUUACCGAACAAAACAAAAGAAACACAAAAACAGUUCUCAAGUUUCAAGCCAAAUAGGUGAACCGAUACAGGUUUUGAUGAGGGUUUUAACGCAGCAAGAAUAGAAAUAGGAUGUUUUUCUCUUAGAAAUGUCUAUGACCAGAAAAGUAAAAUCUUCUGAAUGGCCAGCUGAAGUUGCCUUAAAUGUCCUGAAUGAUGCCAAAUCCCUGCUGGUUUAGCAUCAAUAGCAUUUUAUUUUACUCAUAUUUGUGUGGCUCCCUCGCCAAAGUUAAACAAAGUAUUUUAAUAUCAGCUUUAAAAUGACUUCUGAAUAUCACAAGGGAAUCGGUACAUAGCAAUAAAUGAACAAACUUUAAUUUCGGGGGGUUUCCCCAUCAGCCUUUAAGUCAUUUUGCCUUUGGUUGGUUUCCUCGACCAUAACUAUGCAACCACAAUAUAAGUGAGGCCUUAAUCGUACUCUGAGAAAUAACGCAAUCGUCUUACAGCCUUGCACGGGUUAAAACCAAAAGUCUAUGAAGUAGUAAGAAAGAUGAACUAAAAGCAACUGAACCAAAUAUCUUGUAUUCUUGGUUGUGUGGCAGAUGACUAUUGUAUUGUAAAUCGAUUGUUAGCUGUGCUCUCGUGUAGCUAUAAUGUUAUUUAAUUUACCUUAAUGUAAAUAGCACAGAGCAUCCUGUAAAUUACACUUUGUAAUUUUUGUAAAUAGUAUACUUAAGUAUUUUUACUUCAUGAUGAUUCUGUUUAUAUAUUUGUAUACUGUAAACUUUAAAUAUAACAGCUGCUAUUUUGUGUUAGUGAGUUGUUUUAUAUCUAUGACUUCUUUUGUAGCCUAUGUAUUAUUCCUAUUUUAAUAAACAACUGACAUUUUA